UCCAGCUCCACCUUCACGCCUUUCCCCAGCUCAGCUCCCGGUACCGGACAUUGCCGCCGCGACACAGGCGGGAUCCACACGGUGUUGCUGUCCGGCGGGGGGAGACGAGCCCAGCACAAAAGUGGGAGGUCCAACAUCGAGAGGCCAGAACAGAACGGUGCCUGGGAGGAACCACAGUGACACCUGGCGGGCAAACAGGCCGAUGCACUCCAAAACUGGUCCGAACUGUUCUGAUGGAUCCCACUUCCUGCACGCUGGUCACCGAGACCACCUGAGUCGUGAGUGUCACGUGACUCAAGAGGAAGUCCAGCACACGAUGAGGAAGUGACGUCAGGGGCCUUAUCUGCAUGUCCUGCUAAUCAGUUACUGGAGUCACGCCUGGUCCGGAGGUCACCAUCGUAAGCGUCAGCGUCUCAGUCGGCCUGAUGAUGAAGAAGAAGAAUGUUGUUCUUGUUGGCGUCUUGGCCGUGUCCGUGGUGACCCUGAUCCUUGGACUUGGACUUGGACUCGGACUGGACCUGCAGCGUUGCCAAAACCAAGUGGCACCGCAGACGUCAUGCAGGAAUCGCUGCUACGAGCCGUACGAUGCCGCCGCCCCUGGCUGCAGAUGUGACACCGGCUGCAGUUCCGGCGGCAGCUGUUGCCAUGACUACCACGACCUCUGCACUGCCCCCGGUGAGCUGUGGGAGUGCACAAGGGUGCGCUGCGGCGAGGCGCGGCUGCCGACCAGCCGGUGCCACUGUUCGCACGACUGCGCGUCGACACGGGACUGCUGCAGCAACUAUCAGCACGUCUGCCUCGGCCAAACACAGUGGGUGGAGGAUGAAUGCGAGGACCUGUCGCGCCCCUCGUGCCCACCAGGUUUCAAGCGGCAGCCGCUUCUUCUGGUUUCUCUGGACGGCCUUCGGGCCGAGUAUCUGCGCACAUGGAGCGCUCUCAUCCCUGUGUUGACCAAACUCAAGACGUGCGGAACGUCAGCGUCAUACAUGCAGGCGGCUUUUCCCAGCAAGACCUUCCCAAACCACUACACCAUCGUGACGGGUCUGUACCCCGAGUCCAACGGUUUGGUUGACAACAUCAUGUACGAUCCCGUGAUGGACGCCACCUUCACUUUGUCCAGUUCGGAGAAAGACAACCCGGCCUGGUACCUGGGACAACCAAUUUGGCACACGGCAAAGUCCCAUGGGCUGAAGUCCGGAACCUUUUACUGGCCUGGGUCCGACGUGAAAAUAAACGGCAGCUUCCCGGACUUAUACCGGCCUUACAACGGGAAAAUCCCAUUUGAGGAGCGAGUCCUGACGGUGUUGACGUGGCUGCAGCUGCCGGAGCAUGAGAGACCGGACUUCUUCACCCUCUACUUGGAGGAACCGGACAAAUCAGGACACAGCUUCGGCCCUGUCAGUGGGGGGGUGGUGUCGGCCAUAAUGGCGGUGGAGAAGAUUGUGGGUCAGCUGAUGAACGGCCUCAAGCAGAUAGGACUUCAUCGCUGCGCCAACAUCGUCAUCCUUGCCGAUCACGGUAUGGAAGAGACCAGCUGCAACAGGAAGGAGAACCUGGAGGACCUGCUUGGUGAUGUGAGCAGAUAUGUGGUUAACGAGGGACCCUUUGGGCGGAUCCGCGCCAAGGACAAGGAUGCCGUCUUGAACACGGCGGAACUUGUUGCCAACAUGACGUGUAAAAAAGACAAUCAGAAGCUCCGCCCUUACUUGAAGUCCCACCUGCCUAAGCGUCUCCACUUUGCCAACAGCCGUCGCAUUGAGGACGUCAACGUCCUGGUGGAGCCCAAAUGGCUGUUUGAGAGGCGCCCCGGAUCCCUCAGCUUCUGCUCUGGUGGCGCACAUGGCUACGACAACGAUGUGGAGAGUAUGCACGCCAUGUUUGUCAGCUACGGCCCAAAGUUCCUUUCCCGAGUUCAAGUGGAACCCUUCGCCAACAUCGAGCUGUACAAUCUCAUGUGUGACUUGCUGCAGAUCUCCCCCAGCGACAACAACGGGACGCACGGCAGCAUGAACCACGUCCUCCGAGAGCCCUUCUACUCACCACUGCCCCCGUUGGAGCAGAGUGGACCUGUAGAGUGCCACCUCACUAACCUGGAGCCCGCCGACGACCUGGGCUGCUCCUGUCCCGCCCUGAGUGAAGGCGCCGUGGUCACUGCCAACCGCCGGCUCAACCUGACAUCUGAGGAAGAGUCCGCAUCCGACAUGAAGCACGCCAUGUUCGGGCGACCUCGCCUGCUGCGGCGGUCGGAGCGUUACUGCAUCCUGCGCCACGAGGACUUUGUGAGCGCCUACAGCCAGGAUGUCAUGAUGCCCCUGUGGAGCUCCUUCACGCUCGACAAGCCGAGCAACUUGGACCCCUUGCCGCCUGUUCAACCCAACUGUCUGCGAGCUGAUGUCAGAGUUCCUGCAUCUCAGAGUCGGCGGUGUGACCAUUACAGCGACUUCCAACAUGGCUUCUUGUACCCCCCCCAACUGAGCGCCAGUGAGGAGCAGCAGUACGAUGGCCUGCUGAGCAGCCACGUGGUGCCCAUGUACCCCCAGUUCAGCAGGAUCUGGUCCUACUUCCACGGCACGCUACUUAAGAAGUACGCUUCCAUCUACAACGGCAUCAACGUGCUGAUGGGCCCCGCCUUCGACUAUGACCACGACGGGCGCUAUGACUCAUUCGAGCUGAUCUCCCAGUCGGCAUCUGCUGGCAACAUCUCCAUCCCGACGCAUUACUUUGCUGUGCUGACCAGCUGCAAGAACGUCAGCCACCCGGUGAGCUCCUGUGUUGGCGAGCUGCACACCAUCUCCUUCCUGCUGCCUCACAGACCAGACAACUCGGAGAACUGCAAGAGUGCACAAGAUGAAGCCUUCUGGGUGGAAGACCACAUGUGGUUCCACCAAUCACGAGUCCGAGAUAUCGAGUGGAUCACAGGACUAGACUUCUACCAGGACAGUCGUCGACCACUCCCUGAGCUGCUGCAGCUCAAGACCUGCCCCACAGCUGCCAAUCAAAAACCAUAAGUGUUUGU